AGCGCAGCGCGGAGUGCGGAGCCAUGGCGGGAGCUCGGGGCUGUGCGGUGUUGCUGGCCGCGGCGCUGAUGCUCGCCGGAGCUGUCCUGGGCGACGAGGAGCGUCCCCGGCUCCUGGGGGCUCCCAUGCCCGUAGAUGAGAACGACGAGGGCUUGCAGCGGGCCCUGCAGUUCGCCAUGGCCGAGUACAACAGGGCCAGCAAUGACAAGUACUCCAGCCGGGUGGUGCGGGUCAUCAGCGCCAAGCGGCAGCUCGUGUCUGGAAUCAAGUACAUCCUGGAGGUUGAGAUUGGUCGGACAACUUGCCCCAAGUCAUCAGCUAAUCUCCAGAGCUGUGAAUUCCACGAUGAGCCAGAGAUGGCUAAGUAUACCACAUGCACCUUUGUAGUGUACAAUAUUCCUUGGCUAAACCAAAUUAAACUACUGAAAAGUACCUGCCAGUAAGCCUCUCUUGGUUCCAGCGGUGACCAGCAACCAGUUACUCAGAUGGAGGAAAAGAAGCAAUAACAUGAAUUGAGAUAGGUUGUAUCACUGCCUGUUAACUCAUAUUUCUGUAUGCUUGUGCUAUGCAAGUAAAACUAUGUAAUCUUCCUAUAAAGCACAGUUUGAUCUCAACUUUAUUUUUCCUCUUUGUAGUUAUAUUUUGGAGUAACUGUUUGUCUUCUCACAGCUUUCCCAAUAAAGUAACUCCAGUGUCAGAAUUGAGGAUAAAGUUGGUGUCCCUGUGAAGUGACUACUGUAAACAUUAAAACUCAAUUCAUCGUU